UUAAUUAAUUUCUGAGAAAAACACCACAAGAUCAAAGGUGAUCAAAAUUACAACAAUGGUGAACUCGCUUAGAGCACUGCUCAGAGCGCAAGCUGCAUCUCUUUUCUCCUACUCUCUCCCCACCGGAAAAUAUUCCGGCGCCGGCGGUGCUGUCAGAUUUGCCCAAGUUGUUUCCGGGUCGGGUCAACCCGGCGCUUCUGAGAAACCGGAUCGAAAAGAAGGUCACAAAUCCGAUACCGGGGUUUCAUCUGGAGGGUACGCAAAGAGAUCCGACGAAGAAGGGUUCGGAGCAGAAUAUGGGGGGAAUCAGUCUCUUUCUAAGGACGAUGAGGAUAAAAUUGUCCAUGGAAAUUCCCCUGGUAAUCUAUUUUUAUAA